GUUUGCAGAAGCUGCUGGCGUUGGUGGCCCUGCAGGCCGAGCAGUGGUCUGGCCUGCACCACUGAGGCUGCAGGACAUCGCAGGGAAGUCGUCUGCGCCGCGCGGCUUCCUGUGCGCCAUCACGCAUGAGGUGAUGACGCAACCGGCUCUGCUGCUGAGUCCGCAGCUGACCAGCGUGCCCUCAUACGAGCGAGAUGCCGUGGAGAGGUGGCUGCAAAGAUGCUGCACCGACCCGCGCACCCGCACGCCCCUCCGCUCCUACCGCCUGAUGCCCAAUGACGACCUGCGUCGGGCCAUUGACGACUGGGCCCGGGGCAUCGAGGAAUAGCAGAGGCGGCGGCAGCUACUGUACCUUCGGUUUCGACACGUGGCGCAGCACUUACUGCUGCUACUGUGGCGGUGGCGGCAGCAGCAUCGGAACAAGCAGAUGUCCAAGCGCGUUUGGAAGAGACGAGGAUGGGGCUGCGCUGAUGCUGCAGCGUCGGCGGCAUGGCCCCGUGAUACGGGGGUGGUCCCGGGUGCUGAAGGGCUGCUGUAUUGGGUGUAAGCAGGUGCAGUCCUCUCGCUUCUCGGCUGGUGCGUCAAAGUGGGGCCCACGCGUACCGAGUUGUAUGUACGAAGGUAGCAACGAAUGGUAACGACGUCCUGGGGAGGCCGCGGCAGCUGGGGUGCGGCCGCCGCCUGCUCGGGUACUGAUGCAUGUCCUUGCGGCGGCGCUGACCAACUGUCACCGUGGUUGAUACCGCUGCUGGUGUCGCCGCCGUUGCCGCUGUUGUUGUUGCUAUAGUCACGCCGAGUGUACGGCACGUACGGCCGGUAGCGCUCCGGACUGCCGUACAGCAGGAGACAUCACAUGAUGCUGCCGCGAGUCGCAGGCUUAGCGCCAGACAGGACUGCGAUGCAAACCUUCCAUUCGGGUUAUUAAUGCCAGCCAGCUUCGUCCCUAAAUGGGCACAUUUGCCAGUUCGACCUCACCUGUUGACAACAAUGCUUGUCAGUCUAAGCCGAUACUGUAGGAAAUAUAGGUUUUCCUUCAAAAGCCACCUGCGGCGCGUUUAGCAAGCCCCUCGUAAGUUUAGCAUUCGGCGGUAAUGGUGCCCUUGCAUUGCCCUAGCCAGCAACUGAAGCUCCUAAGGUCAAGAGACGUUUUUUUGUCCGCACAAAGUGCUUCGCUUUUCACUCUCCUUUCGUCUUAUAUUUUUUUAUUACCAUGUUUUACCUCAGUA